CUGAGCUUCGAAGGUAUUAUUAACAGGUAAGGCAAAUUUUGAACUUACUCAACUUUGAGGUUAUUAUUGUGCAUGUGCAUGUUUCUGUUAGAAUAAAUGGCGUACGUUGGUAUCGAAUUUGAAAGCGAUGGCGAAAAUGAUGCGGGGGAGAUCGCGAUUGUAAAUAAAGUUUGGCUCACGCCAAUGAAACGGAGAGUUCAUUGGCCGUCCUAUAGUCAACCCACAAAAUUUGAAAGUGCACUACGCAGUGGAGAGGAACCUGGCGAUACCUGGAUGUUAUACCCGGUUAAGAGGAUCUUUUUUGAAACAGACAAUCUUCUUAAAGCACGACAGAAAUUGAAAACUGCCGAAGUUACCUCCGAUGUGCAGUCGGACACUGAAUUCAGUGAAAAACGUAAAAGAGUUCCGCCUCCACGACUGUCUUACGAUAGCGAAGAGGAGAGCGUUGCAACAUUACCUCGGCCUCCAAGAUUUUCGCUGGAUAAAGUUAAUCAACAAAGUUCAAGACAAAGUUACUCACAACCAGAACCUCGGAGUAGUCCAUCCACCCAUGUCAAUAAGAAAAAUUGUUUCCGAACAAUACCCUCUAGUCCAUCAUCAUGUGCUGAUGCCAUCCCCUCUAGUCCAUCAUCAUGUGCUGAUGCCAUCAACAGACAAAGACUUCCAACAAGAUCCCCACUUGCGGUACGUGGCGAAGAACGUGAAAAUUUAGAUUCUAAGGUAGUCGUACCCUUACUAUUACAUAUCAAGGAACAGAAUAACCAAAUUCUGUCAUGGAUAAAAAAACAAAGUAAUACAACCGUUGUUCAUGGCACUUUACCCGAUGAUAUUCCUGUAAAAUUUCCUUUAUGCUCAAUUGAUUCAUUAACCGUAUUAGAAUCAUAUUUGAUGGAUGAUGGACAUUUAGCAGAAUUGGCAGCAUAUUUCUCGUCAUUAGGCGGACGUGACAUUGGAUCUAAAACGAACAUUAUUUAA